AAGAAGAAGUUUUGUUGCCAUCAGCCUUGGAGGGUUGAGUCGGAUCAAGAGCCGCAUUUUAAUAUCUUGGCAACCCUAUUCCUAAAGAGGCUAGACGAGGAGUACCGGCGCUUUCCUGUUUUCGGCUGACCCCAAACAAACCAACCUCCCUUGAUGAAUCCCAAGCGACAACAUUUCAUCACACCCUUAGUAUUAUCACGUUGAUAAAGGAGAGAGUUCGAAUACAAUAACUUGACAGACGGCAUUGCGCGACUUAGCCCAUCCCAUUGACUUGUUUCGUUUGUCAAUGCCCACCUGAUUUCUAGCUGCACCUUCUAAUAUACUCAUCUCGACAAUGGCUUUCGUCCUCGCCCGUCGUGGUCGUGUGCUCCUGAGAUGCGUGAACUUAGUUGAAGCCAGUGCCACUAAGGCUCGUGUGGCUGUUAACAAUGCCCCGACGUACUCCUCCACUAUCGUUUUUGCUCGAAAUCUCUCAGCUUCAUCGAACGCCCGCCUCUUCCGUCGCACUCUCCCAAUACUCUCGAAGCAAACAUUUGCGACAGCUGCCCGGGGAGCCAAAUCCGGUGAUGCUGCAACUUCGAAAAAAUCAACUGCCACUGGAACAAGAAAAAAGUCUACGACCACGAAAAAGACGGCUACGAGCGCUGCUAAAAAGUCCACCAAGGCCAAGGUCAAAGCAGCCCCGAAGCGAAAGCAACUGACCGAAAAGCAAAAGGAAGCUUUGGAGAAGAAGAAGGCUAGAGAGGAGAUUGCAAAUCUGAAGGCCACAGCACUUGAUCCCCCGAAGGGUCUACCAGAGACAGCGUACAUCCUCCUGCAACAACAGCACAAGCAGUUUGCAGGCAUUUCUGAAGCCUACAGGAAUCUGGACCCAGCGGAGCGCCAGCGCCUUGAUGAAAUCGCGGAAUCGAACCGGGCUGCAAACAAAGCCGGGUUCCGCGACUGGGUGAAUAGGCACACCCCGCUUCAGAUCAAGGAGGCCAACGCUGCCCGCCGGAAGCUUCGCCGAUUGUUGAAUAAGAAGAGAGGUUUCAUGGAGAUUGCGGAUGAGAGACAGCCAAAACGACCUGCCAAUGCAUACAUGCAUUUCGUGAAGGAAGUAUCUGCAAGUGGAGAUGUGUCCACCACUGACCGGAUGAAGAAAUCUGCAGAGUUAUGGCGAGCCUUGUCAGAGAGUGAGAAGGAGAAAUACCAACGAAUGGCACUUGAAGAAAAGGAUCAAUACAUGCAUCAGUAUAAGGCCCUAUAUGGUGUGGAACAUCCAAGUGCAUCUAGAUCGGCAAGCCCGGCGUAAACGACGCUUUCCUCCUAGACAGAGUCCUGUAAUUUUAGGUUACCAAUAUCGUAUUGACAAAGAUAUUUUACUGUCUCGGUUGUUGCCUACGGUCUUCCCCUUGAUUCUGAAUUCUUGUCUUUGCCGAUUCGCUUCCUUUUUUUGCCUAACUGGAUAUCCAUGUGAGAUCAGUUCGGUGGUUAGCGGGAGUGUCCCUUUUAUGGGCCCAUCUUUUUUUAUUUUUAUUUUUAUUUUCCUUUACGUUUUUAUUUUAUUCUACGGCGCGUUGUAGCUGUUUUAAUUGCUGUUUACCGCGCGUGCUGGCAUUUUGUGUUAUUCAUGAUCGACUGUAUUGUAGUGUACUAAAGGGACCAAAUGGAGAGAGAUAAGGUGUAUAUGUCUAUGUACUUGGUUUCUUUCUAUUUUCUUUCUCUUACCAGGUAAUAAUAUGCAAUAUAUCCCCCUUCAAUUAUAUAUAUACAUAUAUACAUAUUGGUGAAAUAUUCGGAGAAACGCUGUAGUAAAGACUUUUAUUUUUAUGGGAAACAAGAUGUCAACGCUCCAGUUUUAUUUUAUGUAAGGGGUUUAGUAACUUUUUGCUCGAAGUUUCUAGGGUC